AGCACAAACAAUUACUUACAAUUGUUGCGCGAAGUUGAGCAACACAAGGGAAUUGCUACUGGUUGGCACCCCUUAAACCCCCAACUUUUUGCUUCAUGGCCGUUAAUGGUGCGAGCGUGAUGCAGCGGUGCAGCGUGGCUGCGAGGUUGUUCAUGACGGCGGAGAGGGCGGCUCCGGCGGUGCCUCAAGUGUGUGGACGCGGGGACCAGAAGACGAAGAAAGGGAAGAGGUUCAAGGGUUCGUACGGUAACGCUAGGCCGAAGAAAGAGAAGAUGAUAGAGCGCAUCAAGGACAAGGUCGAAGUUCCCAGGUCCACUCCUUGGCCUCUCCCUUUCAAGCUCAUCUGAUUCCCAUUCUAUUCCCUCAUAUCGUAUAUGUACUUUCGUUACCAUUUUCUAUUCAAUUGGAUUUUCACUACGCUCUGUUUGGUUUUAUCAUCAAAACAAAUAAUAGGAUUUUGCAAUUAUAAACUCUCAUUAACUACAAGUUAAUUCAAAUGUUUGUUAGUUUGUAAUAGAUAAGGGACUUGGUUGAGCUGGUAGAUUAUUGUGCACUUUUAACUGGUCUUUGGAUUUAUAUCCUUGGAGAGUGACAUUUGCUGUGAUUUAUGGCUGAAUCCUUAAUCCACGAAAACAAGAAUGUGAGUUUAGAA